UGUGGAACACGUUCGUGGCGUUCGCUUUGGCAAUCUCUGUCGAGGAUGGUACGGCAGGCCCCCGACGAAGUACGCAUUGAAUUUACACUCACCGUUGCAGCUGGAAACACAACUGACAACCAGACAGCUUCUGAGUCAUUAGAAUCCACACUUGCCACAAUGGAAAGUCUGUUGGAGAGUCUUCAAAAUGCAACUGAUUCGGGAGAACUGCAGCUGGAAGUGGACGGGGAAACGUUGGGAGCUGUUCCUAAUUCCCUACAAGCAAGCGAGUUGGUGUUGACUUGUCCAACGGGAAUGGCGUGGAACAAUGACACAAAGAGAUGCGUCGGCUGCCCAUCAGGCUUUUACUUCGAUGAACACAACGACACAUGUGUGGACUGCCCUCUUGGCUCGUACCAAGACCAACAUAACCAACUGUCUUGCAAGGCGUGCCCAAAUGCGACAUGGACGGAAGAUAUUGGCAGCAAAAAUGACACCUACUGUAAAGAAAUCUGCCAGGCAGGGCGGUACUCCUCCUCAGGAGUCCAACCCUGUACAGAGUGCCCUCUUGGAACGUACCAGACAGAUAUAGGCAGUACAUCCUGCCUAUCGUGUCCUUCAGCUCAAACUACAAAUACUACAUCUGCAACGUCUGAUUCAUUUUGCUUCGGUAUAUGCAAAGCUGGACAUUUCUCCACCAAUGGCCUGGCUCCCUGUACACCGUGUCCACUAGGGGAAUAUCAGCCUACAGAGCAGAGCACAUCUUGUCUUCAGUGUCCACUCGGGUACACUACAGCAUCAAAUGCCUCGGAAAGCAGCACAGACUGUUUCAAUAUUGAUGACUGUGUUUCAUCUCCGUGUAUCAACAACGGUACUUGCUCGGACAGAAUCAACGCGUACCUGUGUCACUGCCUGGACGGAUUUGUAGGUAACGAUUGUGAGACAGAUAUUGACGAGUGCUCGUCUGGCCCCUGUGUGAAUGGAUCCUGUACAGACGAGAUAGACGGUUACACCUGCGUCUGCUACCUGGGAUUUACGGGAGAGGACUGCUCAACAGAUAUUGACUACUGUGAAGUUAACCCCUGUUCCAACGGGGCACAAUGCGUCGAUGGUGUUGAUUCCUUCAGGUGUGAUUGCCUAAGUGGCUACAGUGGCGUGUUGUGCGACGUAGAAGUAAACGAGUGUGAACCCAGUCCAUGUGAAAACAAUGCAACCUGUAGUGACCUGGUGGGCAGCUAUGUUUGCAACUGCAAUCCAGGAUAUACAGGAACACAUUGUGAACAGAACAUCGAUGACUGCGACGUAUCGCCAUGUGUAAAUGGUGGAACAUGCAUCGACGGUAUCAACUCCUACACAUGCCUUUGUGUCGAAGGUUUCACGAACGACGACUGUGAACUCAAUGUCGAUGACUGUGCAUCUGCACCAUGUGCUAACAAUGGCACAUGUGUAGAUGCAGUGGCCGGCUACACGUGUGAAUGUGUAUCGGGAUACGCAGGUACAAACUGCACAGAAGAUGCAAACGAGUGCUCGUCGUCGCCUUGUCAGAAUGACGGGACAUGCGAGGACCUGUUUGACUCUUAUGCCUGUACCUGCAACCAAGGCUACACAGGAGUCCACUGCGAGUCAGAGAUCGACCAUUGUGCCACCUCCCCUUGCUCUAACGAUGCAACCUGCGUAAAUACGUACUUGGACUUUGAAUGCCGGUGUAGUCCAGGAUAUGAGGGCUUGAAAUGUGAGGUAGAAAUCGACGAAUGUGCCUCCAGCCCGUGCGUUAACAAUGGCAGCUGUUACGACCAGGUUGAUGGCUGUAUCUGCAUUUGCACCGACGAGUUCACAGGGACAAACUGUGAGUCCAACUUUAGCCCAUGUGAGCCUGCUCCUUGCCACAAUGGAGCAAUCUGCACUGAUAAGCACCCGGACUAUGAAUGCAUCUGCCCGACUGGUUUUGGUGGUUCUACCUGUAGCAUCAACCUACCAGAAUGUGCGUCCGGCCCUUGUAACAAUGGGGGCACGUGUGUAGACGGAAUAGGCAACUUCUCUUGUAGCUGCCCAUCCGGUUUUGAAGGUGAUCUUUGCGAGGCUCAAAUCAACGAGUGUGCUAGGCAUGGCUGUGAGAAUGGCGGAACGUGCACGGACACGUACGGGAGAUUUGACUGCGACUGCCCGCUAGGAUACAACGGAACACGCUGUGAAGUCAACAUAGACGACUGUGCAACGCACGGUUGCACCAACGGUUCAGAUUGUGUUGAUGGGGUCGCUUCAUACACCUGCGAUUGCUUAUCAGGCUAUACUGGACCAACAUGUUCGGAGGACGUAGAUGAGUGUUCCUCUAACCCGUGUCUUAACGCAAUCAAGUGCAACAACCUCGUCGAUGACUACAUGUGCGAGUGCCAAAAUGGCUUCACGGGGAAGAACUGUGAGAUCAACAUGGACGACUGUGAGAACGUCACCUGCUUCAACGGUGGAGAAUGUGUGGAUGAAGUAGCCGGAUUCAUCUGCAACUGUCCUGAUGGCUUCCAUGGUAGUAUUUGUGAGACUGAAGUGGAUGAGUGCUCUUCAGACCCUUGCCAGUACUCUGGAACCUGUAUGGAUGCCGUUAACAGCUACAGUUGCCAGUGUCAGACUGGAUACAAUGGAACAAACUGUGAACUGGACAUUGAUGAAUGUAUCAAUUCACCGUGUAAGAAUGCAGCUCCAUGCAGCAACACACAUGGGGAUUACAGUUGUGCUUGUCUUUCUGGGUACGAAGGGAAGGACUGUGACGGGAAUAUUGACGACUGCCAGGUGCAUGCCUGCCAGAACAACGGCACCUGUGUCGACCAGCUCAAUAACUACACCUGCCAAUGCGCAGCAGGGUUUACAGGUGACCGAUGUGACACUGAUGUUGAUGAUUGUGACUUCAAUUCCUGUCUAAACGGAGGGACAUGUGUAGAUGGCAUUAACAGCGUCACAUGUCAAUGCGCCCCCGGAUACCACGGUGAUUUCUGUGAGACGGAGACCGAUGAUUGUGCGGCCCUUCCCUGUCAAAACGGCGGCAACUGUACCGAUAUUGGCAGUGACUAUAGGUGUGACUGUGCGGUGGGUUUCAAUGGGAAGGACUGCGAAACAAACAUUGACGACUGUGCCGGACACAUGUGCAAGAACGGAGCCAUAUGCGAAGAUGAAAUCGGAAAUUACUCCUGCACGUGCAAACCAUCGUUCACCGGCAGCUAUUGCGAGAUAGAACUGUCCUCAGAUUUCGACCUGGUGUUUGACGGUAGUGUGGAUGACUACUCUUCAGCCAGCUACAACAUUCCCGACAUGACCGCCACAACAGUGUCAUUUUGGAUGCAGACCACUGACCGGAACAAUUACGGCACCCCGUUUUCCUAUGCCCUGAGUGAGGAGGUCGGGAGUGACAACGCUUUGACGAUAUCCGACUACACCGCCUUCAAGAUCUAUGUAAACGGGGAGGCAGCCUACAGCACACAUGGGAUCCAAGACGACAACUGGCACCACAUCGCCGUGACAUGGACCAACACUUCGGGCGUGUGGACGCUGUACGACAACGGGCUCGUUGUCGAUGCAGGCAAUGGACUUGGCAUUGGUGGUGUUAUAUCAGGUGGCGGUCUUGCUGUCAUUGGUCAAGAGCAGGACUACCUAGGAGGUGGUUUUACCCAAGACGAGGCCUUCAUUGGUUCCCUACAUGGACUGAACUGGUGGAGCCGGGAGUUGUCAGUCAGUGAGAUCAGUGACCUGGCUACCAGCUGUAACCACUCCCUAAGUGGUGACGUCAUGGCCUGGGCAGACUUUCAGCUGAAUGUUGAAGGAAACAUCAAUGUGACCGCUCAGUCACUGUGCGAUGAUACUAAAGAAUGCCUGUCAUCGCCAUGUGAAAACAACGCUACGUGCACGGACUACCUCGACGGAUACCAAUGUACCUGUCUCCCCGGCUUCACAAGCGUCCAUUGUGAAGUCAACAUAGAUGAGUGCCUCUGGACGACAUGCGACAACGGAGGAACGUGUGUUGAUCUCGUGAACGACUUCUAUUGCACCUGCCCACCUGCCUUCCACGGCAAGAACUGUGAGCUGGAUGUGACCAGUUGUAGCCCGAACCCAUGUAAGCACGGCGGCAACUGUACUGAGUCUGGUGGCGGCACGUACUCAUGUUCGUGCAGCCCAGGGUACGAUGGAAACGACUGUGAAGUGGACAUUGAUGAAUGCUCAUCGGGACCGUGCACCAAUGGCGGCACCUGUGUCGACAUGGUCAACGACUACUACUGUGACUGCCCUAACGGCUUCUUCGGACAGAACUGCGAUGGAGAAGUGGACUACUGUGCCCCCAACCUCUGUCAACAUGGCGGGACCUGCCAACCAAUCACCAACGACUACAGAUGCACCUGCCCAACAGGCUACACAGGCUACAGCUGCGAGAUCAACAUUGACGAAUGCGAAGGAGUCGUUUGCAUGAACAACGGCACCUGCGAGGAUGGGGUAGCAGCUUACACCUGCAGAUGUGUAGCUGGCUUCAUUGGUAGACACUGUGGUACGAACAUCGACGACUGUCAAGGGAACCCGUGUGAAAAUGGUGGCACUUGCGUUGACGGAGUCGCUUCUUACACAUGCGAUUGCCCUGAUAUGUUCACAGGUUAUAGAUGUGAGUUGGUGAUUCUUCCCAACCUUCCAAAAACUACACAGCCGUAUGUCUCCACGGCUAAGACACAAACAGCGCCAACCAAGAUGAACGACGGAAACACCGCUCAGGAACAACAGACAGUGCCGAUCAUAGCCGGGUCCGUCGUGGGUGGCAUAGCAUCCCUGUCUGUCGUGGCUGUCUUGAGUUGGUUCCUUUGUAAACCAUCAACUGGAAAGGCAAAGAUGCCGGCUCUCAAGUACGUCCACCCUAAAGUAGACGUCAUAGAUGACUCCAUGAUUCUGGCAGAACUACCAGGGGCAUCGGACCGUUCCAUGGGAGCAGUGCGCGCCUUGGAAAAUCCAUACAUCUUUGAAGACUUCGGCAGUCAGUCCUGAACUGAAAUAUGUUUGCUGCCCUAUCACUUCUGUUUACAGCAUCGUAUAUGUCUUGCCAAAGUGACAGGUUGUGAUCAGGAUCAUUCAAUGAGUCUGAUAAUCUAUUGUUUGUACCUGUGUAUAAUUUGUGAUUUUGAAAUGGUAUUACAUAUUUUGGUUUCUUAGCUUCAAAGCUUGGUGUCGAUAAGAAUGUUUUUUUGCACACCAUUUUUGUUAUGUGGAAGUCAGAAACUUACUAGAGUAAAGACCCCACCUUUGCACAUGAAGCCUUGCAUCAACUUUUACUCGUAACAUCUAUAUGAAGAAUACGCUUAUGAAUGUAAUGCAGAUGAAUGAUGUUGUUUUACAUACAAAGUUGUUUACUUAUCUAUUGAUUAUAUCAUUACAAUUCCAUUACUCUAAACAUGAUUAUCUUCAUUUUAAUUAAGAGUUGACAAGUUGACGUGUUGUUUUUUAUUUGGGCAUAGGGUAAUAGUAUUUCUAAUCGUAUUCAAAUGUUAUCAGAAACAUUUGUUGACGCUUCUCUUACUAAAAUCCUGUUUGGUUUCGUACGUGUUGGAAAAUUGUAAUGUUUGUAAAUAAUGCAUCAUAUGGUUUAGACGUUUUUGUUUUAAUGAAUGGAAUGAUAUAUCUGAGUGUGCAGUGGUAACACUGAUGGUGGAUUGUUUUACUUAACACGUGCACAAUGUAGAAAGAAAAUUUCGUAAAUAUAAUAACUGCUUGAGAGAUUUCUAGGUUGGCUGAGGUCUCAUUUGAUGUUUGUAC